AUGCUUCAUGGCAGACAAUUCCCACCACAGAUUUACUAUGAAGGCUCACCACAAGCAGUUAUCAGCGAAUCUCUACUUAUCGGCGCCUUUUAUAUUAAAUCGCUAAGCAUAACUUGCACCCCAGCUCUCCAAGAACCUAUUUCCAACGAGCUUGGAAAGGUUAUCCUCUCCCUGCCGAAACUAGAGCGAUUGAUAUUAAAGCAAGUUGCCAAUCGGUACUGGAGGGAUAAUAGUACUCCUAUAAGCCCUACCUUUCGCUUAGACGUCGACUCCAAACUGCCACCUUCCCUUCGGAUACUCUCGCUUGCCAACUUUACAUUUGAUGAAGAGCAGGCAAUUUCAUGGGCACGGUGUAUCACGGAGUGUGACAUUCAGCACCUCCGACUGGACGGGUACCUGCAGAUAUCAGUGCUACUAAAGGCACUUACUGGCUCCGUGCCUGGUUUGAAAUCAUUUGCAAGCCGUGUUAUCAGCGAGCCAGACGUCCUAAGAAGCCAUGGUGACUUUCUUGCUAUAUUGGAUUGCUUCUUACAAUCUAUCACUAAUUUGGAGUGCUUCACAAGCAAUGAUAUUCCUAAGGAAGUCCUUACUUCUGUAAUUCGUCAUCAUGGGAAUCACCUGCGGCAACUUCGGUUUCGACAGACAAGCAGCAUGGCAAGCAUCCUCCCACGAUCAGAAGGCAAAAUAUGCCUCUUUUCACUCGAGGAGAUAGUUCAGUUGUCGAACGGACUCGCACAGGUUGAGAGGCUAGGUCUUGACCUAUUCUUCAAGGACCCAACUCCCUAUGACUACCUCGAGGCAUUAGCCCGCUUCCCAAGCCUCAAGUAUCUUGAACUAAACACUCCUAACUUUUGCGCUGUACCAUCGCUGGGCGAAUCGAUAAUCAAGGAGGCAUUUCACGUGGAGAGAGAGCAAUGUGCCUAA